AUGGCUGGACGCAUGAAGCAAACAUUGCAGGAGAGACGCAAGGGGGAGCUUGCGCUCUCCGAUUUCGCAGAUUAUGUCGAGAAGCAGCAAACCACACGCCCAAGGCCUGGUCGGCGCGGAAGCUCCAUUGCCCCCAGCGAUAGUGGCUACUCCACCAGAAAUUACUCUACGGUGACAGAUGAGCAUGCUGAACUCGAUAUCAUCGACCAGCUGGGACUUUCAGAUACACCUACGCAGGUCAGAUUAAAAGACUGGCUGCUAGACACGUCUGCCGACGCCGGCGCAACACUUGAACAGUUAUCAGGCUUGGUGCAGAGUCGUCUUGACGAGGGACAUGGAGAGACCUUGUUCGAUCUUGGUCAAGAGGAUAACGGGGAGUCGAUGGGCUUCGACCUGGACCGCUGGAAUACCGCCCUGGAUCGUCUACGCGUGGCAGCGGACAAAUUGAGGGCAGAUGUCCGGGUACUCCUCACGCACAACGUUGGUGGUCCUGAGGAAGCCGAGACGAAGACCGAGAAGGACAAAUCAUGUACCGGCAAACUCCUCAUACGGCAACAUCCAAGCAAUCCAGAGGAAGUCAUUGAGACGCGGAUAGCUGUCGUUGGUAAUGUCGAUGCUGGGAAAUCUACUAUGCUGGGAGUUCUGGUGAAAGGAAACCUCGAUGAUGGCCGUGGCAAAGCCCGAGUAAACCUCUUCCGCCACAAGCACGAAAUUGAAUCUGGCCGAACGAGUUCUGUCGGCAUGGAAAUCAUGGGCUUUGACACUCAUGGUGACAUCGUCGCGAGUAACGUGCCAGGCCGGAAAUUGACCUGGGGCGAGAUCGGAACAAGAUCUGCCAAGGUGAUCAGCUUCACUGAUCUGGCAGGGCACGAACGCUACCUCCGAACUACCGUUUUUGGUCUCUUGAGCAGCUCUCCGAACUACUGCUUACUCAUGGUAGCUGCCAACAAUGGGCUGAUAGGAAUGUCCAAAGAACAUCUUGGCAUCGCCCUGGCACUCAACGUACCAGUCAUGGUAGUCAUCACCAAAAUCGACAUCUGCCCUCCUCAGAUCCUCCAACAGACCAUAACCCAGCUGACGAGAAUUCUAAAAUCUCCGGGUGCACGCAAAAUCCCAAUCUUCAUCAAGAACCGUGAGGAGACCGUCAAUACAGCCACCCAAUUCGUCAGUCAACGGAUCUGUCCAGUCUUCCAAGUCUCCAACGUGACAGGGGAAUGCCUCGACCUCGUCAGAACAUUCCUCAAUAUCCUCCCUCACCAUGGCCACUACGAUGCUCAAGCACCCUUCGAAUUCCAUAUCAAUGACACCUUCUCCGUUCCCUUCGUCGGCACCGUAGUUUCGGGCGUUGUAAAAAGCGGCGUCAUCCAUGCUGGCGACAGUGUGCUCAUCGGCCCAGAUUCCCUGGGACAGUUCCAAACCACCGCCAUCCGCUCUAUCGAGCGCAAACGGAUUCCUGUCCCAGUCUGCUCCGCUGGGCAAUCCGCUUCGUUCGCGUUGAAACGGGUCCGGAGGAAAGAAGUUCGCAAGGGUAUGGUCGUGUUGCCGAAACUCGACACACCGCCAAAAGUAUACAGGGAGUUUGUGGCUGAAGUGCUCAUCUUAUCGCACGCUACCACCAUCCGACCGAAAUAUCAGGCGAUGCUGCAUGUCGGGCCUGUGAGCCAGACAUGCGCAAUCAUUGAUAUUGAUCGGGAGUUUAUUCGGACAGGGGAUCGCGCGAUGGUGGCGUUCAGGUUUGUGCAGAGGCCAGAGUAUCUGGCUGUUGGAGAUAGGAUAUUGUUUCGUGAGGGGAGGACGAAAGGGCUGGGCAUCGUGAAAGCAUUGAGCUACACAGAGGGGAGUUUGAACCCACAGACUAAAAAGGAAGGAGAGGAAGAGGCGAGUGAAAAAGGAAAGGAAAAGAGUGUAAAGUAA